AUGGAAGUUUGGUUACCAGUAGCAAUUGCUUCAGACUUAUUAGUUUCGAAUCUCGGGCACAUCAAGAACAAAAAAGACAUGAUAUCUAGGCUAAAUGCCUGUAAAAGAAAAGGUUAUAUACGAAUUAAGUUUAAAGUUGAUUGUGUUUACAAGAGUACUGCAGUUCAUAUUUUGGUUGUGCAAGCAUUCAUCCCUAAUCCAGAAAAUAAGCCCUAUGUUAAUCACAUCAACGGUAUCAGAUAUGAUAAUCGAGCUGUUAAUUUAGAAUGGGUAACUCCUAGAGAGAAUGCUGAACGUACAGUAUUUCGAAAUCCUAGUUGUAGUAGUUCUAAAAAAAUUGUGCAAAUGACCUUGAAUGGAAAUGUUGUUCAAGUUUGGGAUUCUAUCACUCUCGCAUCGAAUACUCUUAAUAUAGUAAUGAGCAAUAUUUCUUAUUGUUGUAGCGGAAAGCUAAAUAUUGCUGGAGGGUGGCAUUGGAUGUAUUAUGAAGAUUACAUAGAACAAGAUCCUAAUGAAGAAUGGAGAGAAAUAGAAAUUAAUUUACGAAAAUUCAGUAUUUCAUCUUUAGGGAGGGUUCAGUUUCCGAAUGGCUUAAUAUCUCAAGGAUCUCUAGAUGCAGGAUAUCUUAGAGUCACUCGAGAAAAAUACCGUGUUCAUCGCUUAGUCGCAUUAGCAUUUUGUUCCAAAGAAGAAGGCAAAGAAUAUGUAAAUCAUAUUGACGGAGAUUCUACCAAUAAUAAAGCAUCAAAUCUUGAAUGGGUAAGUCAAAAAGAGAAUACUCAACAUGCCAUACGUCUCGGGCUUCGAUGCCAACGUGCUGUUAAGCAAAUUUUUCAUGAUGGAUCUUUCCAAGUAUUUCCAUCCUUAGCUGAAGCACAACGUAUAACUGGGGCUAAAAAACAAAAUAUCAGUUUAGUAUGUCAAGGACUUCAAAAUCAUACGAGAGGAUAUCAUUGGGAAUAUAUAAAUGCAACAACAUAUCAUAAAAAUUGA